AUGGAGUUACCAACUCUGAGAAAACCCUUCAUCUACUGGGUUUUAUUUUCUUUCAUUGUCUUUGCUGAGGUUGGCAAUGGUUUUUAUCUUCCUGGAAGCUACAUGCAUACUUAUUCCAAUGGAGAAUAUAUAAAUGCCAAAGUCAAUUCGUUGACUUCAAUUGAAACCGAGCUUCCCUUCUCUUACUACAGCCUCCCAUACUGCCAGCCCCCUGGCGGGAUAAAGAAAAGUGCUGAGAAUCUUGGAGAACUUCUUAUGGGAGAUCAGAUUGAUAAUUCUCCAUACCGAUUUCGGAUGAAUGUAAAUGAGACUCUAUACCUCUGUACAACAUCACCGCUGAAUGAACAUGAAGUAAAGCUACUCAAACAACGAACUCGUAAUCUGUAUCAAGUGAAUAUGAUCCUUGACAACUUGCCAGUUAUGAGGUAUACUAGCCAAAAUGGGGUUAAAAUCCAGUGGACCGGGUUCCCUGUUGGGUACACUCCAACUGAUGGAAGUGUAGAUUACAUCAUUAACCACCUGAAAUUCACUGUAUUGGUUCAUGAAUAUGAAGGAAGAGGGGUUGAAAUUAUUGGGACCGGGGAGGAGGGUUUGGGCAUUAUUUCUGAAGCUGACAAGAAGAAGGCAUCUGGGUAUGAAAUAGUUGGUUUUCAUGUUGUCCCUUGUAGUAUUAAAUAUGAUCCUGAAGCCAUGACAAAGCACAAAAUGUAUGAUAACAUCUCUUCUGUAAGCUGCCCAAAUGACCUUGACAAGUAUCAGACAAUAAAAGAGCAAGAAAGGAUAUCAUUCACAUACGAGGUUGAAUUUGUGAAAAGUGAUAUAAGAUGGCCAUCGCGUUGGGAUGCUUAUUUGAAAAUGGAGGGUUCCCGAGUUCAUUGGUUUUCGAUCCUAAAUUCCCUAAUGGUUAUUUUUUUUCUAGCUGGCAUUGUUUUUGUCAUUUUCUUAAGAACUGUCAGAAGGGAUUUGACAAGAUACGAGGAAUUGGACAAAGAGGCACAAGCUCAGAUGAACGAGGAGCUUUCUGGGUGGAAACUUGUUGUGGGCGAUGUAUUUAGGGAGCCUGAUUGCUCAAAGCUUCUCUGUGUGAUGGUUGGAGACGGGGUUCAGAUUCUUGGAAUGGCUGCUGUCACUAUUGUUUUUGCAGCACUUGGUUUCAUGUCUCCAGCAUCCCGAGGAAUGCUGCUAACAGGGAUGAUCAUUUUAUAUCUUAUCCUGGGAAUUGCUGCUGGCUAUGUCAGUGUACGUCUUUGGAGGACCAUUAAGGGAACGCCAGAAGGGUGGAGAUCAAUUUCUUGGUCUGCUGCAUGUUUUUUUCCCGGCAUUGCUUUCAUUAUCCUUACUGUGCUCAAUUUUAUUCUAUGGAACAGCAAAAGUACUGGUGCUAUACCCAUUUCCUUGUAUUUUGAGCUCUUCUUCCUCUGGUUCUGUAUUUCAGUACCUCUGACCCUUAUUGGAGGGUUUAUGGGGACAAAAGGAGAGCCAAUCGAAUUUCCUGUACGGACCAAUCAAAUUCCAAGGGAAAUUCCUGCACGGAAAUAUCCAUCAUGGCUUCUUGUUCUUGGUGCUGGAACUCUUCCAUUUGGAACCCUCUUCAUCGAGCUUUUCUUUAUCCUUUCCAGUAUCUGGCUUGGGAGGUUCUAUUAUGUGUUUGGAUUCCUGUUGGUUGUUCUUCUAUUGCUGAUUGUUGUUUGCGCUGAAGUAUCGGUGGUCCUCACAUAUAUGCAUCUGUGUGUGGAAGAUUGGCGUUGGUGGUGGAAGGCAUUCUACGCAUCAGGUUCUGUUGCUCUUUAUGUCUUCUUGUACUCCAUCAACUACUUGGUUUUUGACCUGCAGAGCUUGAGUGGACCUGUCUCAGCUACCCUUUACCUAGGUUAUUCACUACUCAUGGCAAUUGCAAUCAUGUUGUCUACUGGCACCAUUGGUUUUCUUAUGUCAUUCUACUUUGUGCACUACUUGUUCUCAUCAGUGAAGAUCGAUUGA